AUGGAGUGGGAAGUACAGAGAAGUAAACGGGGAAAAGCUGUUAAGGGAGCAGCAAAUAGAAUACGCUUUCAAGCAGCAGAGAAAUCAGUAGAUGAUUUUUUGGAAAUUUUGGAGAAGUUUAGGAGACAAUUGGUGGGUUUCAAGGACAACAUCAUUGUACUUGAUAGUGCCAAAAAACUAAGGUGUGUUGGACUGGGUUCUCCCACCAACUCCACAGCUGCUUUGUAUCAACUAGCAUUCUUGUUGGAGAUCAAAGACUCUUUGGGCAUUGAACUUAUAUCUGCGUUUGACCCAGUAUUUGAACCUAAAGAUGUAGAUCUCUUUGCCAAGUUGUCCAUUGAAGUGGAAGAGACGUACGAAUUUGACAAAGACGAAACUACUCCUACUAUUUACUACAUGCCACAUUUGCCUGUUGGGAUCUUGGAACGAACUUUAGAAACUGUGAAGCCUCGCAUGUUACUCACUAAUGAUGUAACCUUAUACACACUUAAAAUGAAAAAUGCAGAGAUGAAAGAAAAAUACCCCAAUAUUACAAGAUUGAGUAACCUGGUCAAGGACUCGUCUUUUGUACUGCCUGAUGACGGAUUCAUAAUCAAAAAGAAAAAAAUGGCAACUUCCACCCGAGCUUACCAUCCACUGACAGUUCUGAGCCUUUUGACUACUCUUGGUACGCUGAACACUUACACUUUACCAGGCUACUGA